AUGAGAAGGAUAUUUGAAAAAAUAUACAAACCUCCUCAAGCUCAGCGGCAAGCACGAAAAAAUAAAUUCAAAGUUGCAGACAAAGUUCGAAUCAGCAAGUACAAACAUGCAUUUCAAAACGGCUACACACCCAAUUGGGCCACUGAAAUUUUUACAAUCAAGACACUGCAGAAUACAAAUCCAACAACGUACAAACUUGUAGACUAUCAAGAUAAGCCAAUUGAAGGUGGAUUUUAUGGUGAAGAACUCAGCAAAGUCAAGCAUCCAGAUGUCUAUCUGAUAGAAAAAAUUAUAAAAAAACGUGGAAAUAAAUUAUAUGUAAAGUGGCUUGGCUUCGACAGUUCUCACAAUACCUGGAUUGAUAAAUCAGACCUGUAA